AUGUCGUGGUUUGAGCGGGAGUUGUGGGAGGGGACUUCGAUUCUGAAGAACAGGGUGUGCGUGGAUCUAAAUGUGUUUGGAGAGUAUGUGGAGAGUCGGCGGUUGGCGGUGCAUGUAGCUCGUUGGCGUGCUGCGAACGGCGAGUCAACGAUGGUGCCGCCGUUGCCGGGUUCUAGCUGUUUCAACUCGGCGGCGGAGUUUUUGGAGUUGUUCUUCCUGCGACUGGAGUCAUUGCUGGAGUCUACGUUGCGUCGUGGAGCUGCUCGGUUUCUGGAGCGUGUACAGGCGGUGUUGGGUCCUGCGGCGCGGGAAGCGUCGGGUUUCAGUGAGGAGCAGGUGUCCGGAUGGUUACCCCGAGUGGCUCGGUUGGAGACGUUGGUGGGUGCUGCAGAGACGCUGUACUUGGCGCCACGACGGCCGAAGGUUGGACGAAGUGUGCGCGAGUUGCGUGCGGAAGACGUGGGUCGUUGCUUGAGCGUGCGAGGGGUCGUUACGCGCAUUACGGAGGUGAAGCCGGAGGUACGCGAGGGUGUGUUUACAUGUGAAACAUGUCAUGCAGAGAUUGCAGGUGUGCGCCAGGAAUAUCGUUUCACAGAGCCGGCACAAUGCACACGAACUGGCUGUCACAACAAGAGCAAGUGGCGGUUCGUGAAAGAGAAGAGCCGCUUCGAGGACUGGCAGCGUCUCAAGGUGCAGGAGGGCGGGGCGGAACAGACGCCUGCAGGGACCGUUCCGCGCAGCGUAGACGUCGUCGUGCGAGGCCCCGUCUGUGACCGUUGCAAACCCGGCGACUUCAUCGAGGUUGUGGGAUGUGUCGUUGCCGUGCCGGAUGUCGGCUCGUUGCUGAGUGCCAAGGAACAACCCGCUGAAAUCCGCAGGGAAAAGGCGCGCGCGCUUAACUCCGAAAAUCAGGAACCUGGCAUAACCGGACUGGCCAAACUUGGCGUCAAAGACGUCUCGUAUAAAUUACACCUGAUUGGCGCAGACGUGCAGCUCGCACAAGGCGCACCGGAACAAGACCAACUGGCACGGGAUCUCGCCACACAGGCCUCACACGUGAUCCUCGAACUAUUCUCUCUUCCAGGAGCGGCGGCGGUCCCAGGAGAGGCAGUAGGAGUCGGGCCGGGGGAUCGUCGGUUGCAAGAGUUGUUGGAGUCUCCGUUGGCUCGUUUGUUCGGGAUUACAGCCGAGCAGCACCGCCGCUUCAAGGCGUUGGCGGGACACUUCGACUACCUGGACCGAUUGUCACGGCACGUGGCGCCAGAGUUGUGGGGGCUGACCGAGGUGAAGAAGGGGGUGUUGUGCAUGUUGGCGGGUGGCUUGGAGAAGCGGUCGCCGCAGGACGGGACCAAGUUCCGGGGUGACAUAAAUGUGUUGGUGGUCGGUGACCCAGGUACGGCGAAGAGUCGAUUGCUGAAGUUUGUUCAGAGCGUGGCAGACCGUGCGGUGUAUGCGAGCGGCAAGUCGAGCACGGCGGCGGGACUGACGGCGAGUGUGCACAAAGACCCGGAGGUGGGUGAGUCGGUGGUGGAGGCAGGAGCGUUGAUAUUGGCGGAUACGGGAGUAUGUUGUAUCGACGAGUUUGACCAGAUGGACGUGAAGGACAUGGUGGCAAUCCACGAGGCAAUGGAGCAGCAGACGAUCAGCAUCAGCAAGGCAGGGAUUCAAGCAACCAUGAACGCACGUGCGAGUGUAUUGGCAGCUUGUGCACCCGUCGAGGGCCGCUACAAAGUGGGAGCGACGCUACAGGCAAAUGUCGGACUGGCACCGACGAUCCUGAGCCGUUUCGACCUCCUCUUCGUCGUGACCGAAGACGUUGCGGAGGACACCCAUUUGCGUCUGGCUGCCCAUCGUCUACGUCGUCGACAGGGCGAACAGGCUGCCACAGAUGGUGACGACUUGAUGGGUUUCAAAGAGCUACAGACUUAUCUGCGAGUCGCACGACACUUCCGACCGCGACUCACGCAGGAGGCCCGGCAAAUCAUUAUCAGACAAUACGUUAACGAGCGCCAGCGAGCGAAGAACGUAAGGGAACGGAAUCGUUCUGACAGUCGAGCUACGACCCGUAUGCUCGAGUCUGUGCUCCGUGUCAGCGAAGCAGUCGCUAAGCUCGGUUUUAGUCACACAGUCGAGGCCUUCCACGCGAACCUUGCGAUUAAACUCAUGAACGCGCAACGUAAACGCCGAGUCGACCCCGUGGACCUUGACGAACCUGUCACUGAUGACGAAGGCAACGACCAACCCCUCCGCUUUCAGGUCAACCCCGACGAAUUCGACCUUAUGCAAACUAUUUUCGUGAGCCGUCUCCGCGAACAGGAACGUCAACGCGAGCUCGGAGGGACGCAGUGCGACGCAGGGACUGGCGUAACGGAGCAAGCAGCCCAGACCGCAUUGAUACAGAGCCACAGUCGCAAUGCCUUGAUUGACUGGUUCGUGCAGACUAAGGCUGGUGGCGCCGAAAGCAAAAAACUACUUGUUAAGAAAGUGAUUGCGAGAAUGAUCAACCUCGGUGUACUAUUCGAAGAAGAACCACAACCCGGCAUGCGCAUCCUCCGUGUACAUCCCAACUUCGACGGAGUCGCCUCCAUCUCCAGAACCAAUAAGAAGACGCCCAGUGCACACCUCUCAGUCAGCACUGAAAAAAUCGACGUCUCAUCUCUCGCCCAAGACUCGUCCGUCUCAGCCACGAACCAAAUGGUCGAGGAAACGUUUAUCCAGUCCCUGUACAGCCAAGCCUUCUAG